CUCGCUUCACGAACCCCCGAGACUCCCAUUCUCCCAGAGCCACUUUCUCAAAGUGUGGGCGCCUCCUUCAAGUUCCACCUUUACACGGAAUAAUUACGGCCUUUCAACGCCGAGCACUCACCCACGCGCUGGUGCCUCUCACCCGGGAACUUUGCGACCCCCGCUUGGACUCACUCGCGUCCGACGAGAGAGGAAAAGAGGAGGACAUGGACGGAAGCGAGGCACGAAUCACGGAGUAGCAAAGGCGCCAAACAAAGUAACGGAUACAUUGAAACGCAGCCGCUUUUCCCCGCCACAAGUCUGGAUUGUACCCGGCUGCGGAGAAGCGUGUUUAAGUUGUGUUGAAACGGGGAUAUAGGUGGUCCACCGCGGGCGCCUGUUCUUUGUGUUGUCCACUCGUGUCUCCAUCUGGGGACACGAGAGGUGUUCGCUGUGUAUAGAGGUGUGUAAACACCAUUGCAUAGUGACUUUGGCGGGAGCAACUUACGCCGCACUUGCAUGAGAUUUCUUCCCUGAGGUUUGUCUGAGAGGUUCGGCGGCUGGUGUCAAGCCGCUGCCCCCAGCUGCUGCGCCCUCCUCGGGCUGGGUUUGGGCUGAUUAUGCCAAGGAAAGUUGUGGAGGAUGAAGAGGAGAAAAUGAUCCUGAUGUGCUUUCCGUUGAAUCCGACCGUCGGAAGAGGUGUUUUUUACGCCCGUUGAUGUUGACAGCACCGGGGGGGUUGACAUGUGGGGGGACAGUUAGGAAGCACGUUGCGAGCAGAAAGUAGAGCGAUCUUCAGAGCUGGACUGCCCCGCCGCCUCGAUCCCGCUGUGAACUGCCCUUGGGUCCGUGUGGACGGGAAUCCCAGAGUCGACAUGGAGGAGUGGAGACAAUGCGGGCGGUGGUUGAUAGACUGCAAGGUCUUGCCCCCGAACCACCGGGUCGUGUGGCCCUCGGCCGCCGUCUUCGACCUGGCCCAGGCCCUCAGAGACGGAGUGCUCAUGUGCCAGAUGUUACACAACCUAUCUCCAGGAUCAGUGGACCUGAAGGAGAUCAAUUUCAGACCCCAGAUGUCACAGUUUUUAUGUUUGAAGAACAUCCGCACGUUUCUCAAGGUGUGCCACGACAAGUUUGGCCUUCGCAACAGCGAGCUCUUUGACCCUUUCGAUCUCUUUGACGUCAGGGACUUUGGCAAGGUGAUUUCUACGCUGUCAAGAAUCUCCCAUCACAGCAUCGCACAAAUCAAAGGCAUCAGGCCAUUUCCCAGUGAGGACACCGCACUAAAUGAGGAUGACGUGUACAGGAGCCUUGAGGAGCUGGCAGAUGAACAUGACCUGGGGGAGGAUGACAUCUACGACUGCGUGCCAUGUGAGGAUGAUGGUGAUGAUAUCUAUGAGGACAUCAUCAAGGUUGAAGUACGACAGCCCAUGAUCAGAUACAUGCAGAAAAUGGGAAUGACAGAAGAUGACAAGAGAAACUGCUGCUUAGUGGAGAUCCAGGAGACAGAAGCCAAGUACUACAAGACUUUAGAAGACAUAGAGAAGAACUACAUGGUUCCUUUGAAGCAAAUUCUCAGUCCUCAAGACAUGGAAGCCAUUUUCGUCAAUCUUGAGGAUGUGAUCAGAGUUCACUUUGCUCUAUUGCGAGCCAUCGACCUCAACAUGGUGAAUGGAGGAAGCGGAUUGGGGAAGAUCUUUCUGGACUUCAAGGAAAGGUUGUUGAUCUAUGGCCAAUACUGCAGCCACAUGGAGAGCGCACAGAAGACACUGGAUGAACUUAUAGCAACAAGAGAGGAAGUGAAGAUUAAAGUAGAGGAAUGUACCAUGAAGGUGCAGGAAGGGAAGUUCAAGCUUCAGGAUCUUCUGGUUGUCCCCAUGCAGAGGGUUUUGAAGUAUCACCUGCUGCUUAAGGAACUGCUGAGUCACUCCACUGAUCGACCUGAGAGGCAACAACUCAAAGAGGCUUUGGAGGCAAUGCAGGACCUUGCCAUGUACAUCAAUGAAGUCAAGAGGGACAACGAGACGCUGAAGAAGAUCAGUGAAUUCCAAAGUUCGAUUGAAAAUUUGCAGCAGGUCAAGCUGGAGGAGUAUGGAAGGCCGAAGAUCGACGGCGAGCUAAAGGUUUGCUCCAUUGUCAACCGAACGAAGCAAGACCGGUAUAUAUUCCUCUUUGAUAAAGUAGUCAUCGUCUGCAAGAGAAAGGGCUACAGCUACGAGCUAAAAGAAAUCAUUGAACUGCAGUCGUAUAAAAUGUCGGACGAUCCAAUGAACAACAGAGACAUGAAAAAGUCAAGUGGAAAAAUGUGGUCGUAUGGCUUCUACCUGAUCCACCUGCAGGGGAAGCAGGGCUUUCAGUUCUUCUGUAAAACCGAAGAAACCAAGAGGAAGUGGAUGGAACAGUUUGAUAUGGCCAUGUCCAACAUCAAGCCUGAGAGAGCCACAGCCAAUCAGCACAACUUCCAGAUGCACACGUUUGAUAAGAACACCAACUGCCGAGCCUGCAAGAUGCUGCUCAGAGGCAUCUUCUAUCAGGGAUACUACUGUUCACGCUGUGGUACAGGAGCCCACAAAGAGUGUCUCGAGGUCAUCACCAUCUGCAAAAUAAAUCCGCUCGACUUGGAGCCUGGUCUGUCAUCAGGUCCCAAGAUGGUUGCUGUGAGGAACUACCACGGCGCGCCUGCACCACCAGGGAAGACAGCGCUCUGUUUUCAAACUGGGGAGUUCAUUGAGCUGCUGAAGGGAGAUCCUGACUCAACGUGGUGGGAGGGGAAGUUGAUCCAGUCCCAAAAGAGCGGCUUUUUCCCAAGUUCAUGUGUGAAACCGUGUUUGGAUCCAAAGCCAUUCCAAACAUUAACCAGCCGGCAGUGUUCCAGAGAAGCGGACUACUAUAGCUACCCCUGGUUCGCUGGCAACAUGGAGAGGCAGCAGGCGGACAAUCUCUUGAAAUCUCACUGCAGUGGGACGUACCUGAUUAGAGAGAGGACAGCAGAAGCUGAGCGGUUCGCCAUUAGCAUCAAAUUCAACGAUGAAGUAAAGCACAUCAAAGUGAUCGAAAAAGACAGCUGGAUCCACAUCACUGAGGCCAAGAAGUUUGAGAGUCUGUUGGAACUGGUGGAGUAUUAUCAGGCACAUUCACUGAAGGAAAGCUUUAAGCUGUUAGACACAACGUUGCGGUAUCCGUACAAGUCGAGGGAGCGGUCGCUCACACGGGCCAGCACCCGCUCACCUGCAGCCACCUGCGCCUCCUACAACUUCUCCUUCCUCAGUCCGCAGGGCCUCAACUUCUCCUCUUCUCCGAGCUCAGCUCCCUUUUGGUCAGUGUUCACGCCACGUGUGGUGAGCACGGCGGUGGCUCGCUAUAACUUUGCCGCCCGGGACAUGAGGGAGCUGUCACUACGGGAAGGAGAUGUUGUGAAAAUUUACAGCAAAAUCGGAGGAGAUCAGGGGUGGUGGAAAGGAGAGGCCAACGGAAGAAUCGGAUGGUUUCCUUCCACGUAUGUGGAUGAAGAAGGAGUGCAGUAAAACUUAUCAAAAACAAAAGGGCCACAUCUACUGUCUGCUGUUUUCAGAGAAAACUCUCCAGGAAAAUCCACACUCCAGGGAAAAACAUUUUUUUGCUGUUGUUUUCCGGAAUCUAAUUAAAUGGCGAGCCUUUUUUUUGUUUGUUUUUCUUACCCAAAUUCUCUCUUCAUCUUCUUUUGUUUUUGUUUUCUUGGUGUUCCCAUCCAUGAGUGUACAGAGAGGAGGAUGAAACGCUGCAGAAAGUGACUGUGCAGAGCUUUACUUUGAACCCCCCCCCAUAUGGCUCCGGUCUGAGGGCGGAGAAGAAAUUGUACAGUAGAGAUAAUUUAUUAAACAGAGAUUAUUAUCAUGAGGUAUAGCUGAGGAGACGAUUUUAGUGAAGACAGGAAUGCAAGUCAGGAGAAAGAUGGAGAGAGAGAGAGACAUGCUCACUUUUUAUGUGGAGAUUUUUUUGCCUUAGUUGUCAUGGUGAUGCCUUGUGGGCUGACACCGGUGGAGGAAAUCGACUUUGUGGACUGGUUUUUACUUCUGCAUGUGUCCGUGUACGACCCACACAAACACAACAAGACCAAUGUACAGUUAAGGUGCCUUUGAAGAACCAUCAUUUUUACUGAACCUCAACAUCAGCUUGUAAACAACGUAGCCACCCCUGAAAUAUUGUCAAGGACAGUGCUUCAUCGACGCGCUGGGGGAGAGGCGCUUCAUCACUUCCCUCAAGCUCUCAGCAGUUUCUCACGCAUCGCUAAUGGACACUGGAUGAACCUUUAAGGACAAUUUACAACCCCAAAACUACCGUGCACACUUUGCCAGUGCUUCCCCCUGCAGGUGCGCUCAGCAGAGCGCAUCCCACUCAACACCCUCUUCUCUUCAUGGUCUCUGUGCUCUCCUCCGUCUUACAGUAUGCACAUCAUUGCUAACUGGAGCAACUGUCUUUUGCCAAAUCGAGUCAUGUGAACUGGUUUGUUUUGUACUUUGCCUUAUUUUGAUAAAUCUUCAGGUGGUGGGUGAAUUUCAAUUCUAAAAGCUUCCUCCCUCAACAAUGAACCAUUUAACUAACAGGAAAUCAUCUUUAGGCUCAGUGUAGGUUGUUGCCACAAAUGUUGUGCUCACUGUUUACAUUCCUACAGUCUUAAAUAUGUUGCUUAUCCAUCAGUGAAUUAUGACUAAUGAAAUGAAAUUUAGUGACAUAAAAAAAAAAAAACCCUUCUGAUUCAUCUGUAAUUUGGUCAUAUCUGGAGCUCUCGCAUAAAAAUCUAUUCAUCCAUAAAUGUCACGUCUGACGGGUUUACCAAGGUCUGUAGUCAAGAAGUGGAAUGGUAACUGAUGUAUACAUUGUCUCCAUCUUCCGGCUUGUAAAACAAAUUUCCCCAUCUGUCAAAGAUGUGUCAUUCUAAGGAAUAUUAAAUUAAAUUUGAAGUGUCAUCCUUGGAUACAAGUGUCAACUUGGAGUCCUUACGGAUCAAACUGUUUUUUUUUUCUUUUUUUUGUAACCAGUGUCCAAAGGUUUGUAGGAGACAUACAUUGUUCGUGUAUUGGGGGGCGCUGGGUGUAGUUGCAGUUGCUAUAGUGGUCAGAAACCCAUUGCAUGCGGUGCUUGAUAUUUCAACUCCUGUCAGUCCAUCCUCAGUCAUUUAAAACAACAACAACAAAACAACACCAUGCGCUUCAUCGUCUAGGUAUUUUAAUGGUUGAGUAUUUCCAGAUUACCAUCUAUCAUGAAAUAAAUAUUCCGCUUUGGAUUGGAGUGGUAGGAGUGUGGCUUUAUUGCUUCCAUCGAGGAAUUCCACUUCAUGAGAACAAACAAGCCUAAAUGAAUGAUGAAAAGUUCGUCACCUGACUGCUUUCACUCCAGUCUGACAAGAAAAAAAAACACCAUGUCGCUGAAACAAACCAGAAUUCAUUAGCAGGCAGAAACAUGAGUCAGUCUUGAAAUGGAUGUCCAAUCGUCUUCCUGUCUUUUUUCCCCUUAGAAGUCGCCUUAGCAAGUUGGUGACCUCCACCUUCACGUGUCUCGAUCAUCCUUCCCAGUCACACCUGCAUGUCUUCAGUUAGGGCAUCCAUAAUCUCAGUGGGUGUCUUCCUCUUCUUCUUUUUAUCUAACAUGAUCCUUGUCCUCUCCCUGCCUCUGUCCUAUCUUACUUUGUCUCAAACACCUAUGUGAGCUGUCACUCUGAUCUGCUUGCGUCCUUCGAAAUCACUCCCAAUGAAAACCUGAGCAUCGUCAACUGUGACACUCCAAACUCUGCUUCUUGCCUUUGAGUCUGACCGUCUGUCUCUACACCACACAUGGUGGCUGGUCUCACUACAGUCCUGUAAAGUUUCUCUUUCGCUCUUGUUGCAAUCUUCUCACACCCGUCUCCUGCCUUGAUCUCUGUCUGUUAAUCUGGAUGCCUGAACUUCUCAAGCACCACAGGUCACCAGCUGCUCCUCCACUACUCAUACAUCACAGCAGGAAAGUCAUAAAUAUACUAAUCCUUUCAUUCGAGUUGACCCUCUCUCACAUUUCAUUUGAAUCAGUCUUUUACACUGCGUGGCAGUUGGUGCUCACGUCAGGCACUGGUGUAGAAGUGACCGCUAUGUAACCGUUGCUCCUGAUGGACCGGAUCUCCAUGUGUCCUCUCUGUUUGUCACCCACUGGACAGUAUAUCACAGACGGCUGUCGGACGCUGCUCCGGCUUGUGUGUCGGCUCACUGGUCGGCUCUCCGGAGGCGGGACAUCUUCUCUGUGUAACAGGGAAAAGGACACUUGAUAUACUCAUGGAGGUUUUUGGACUUCUCUGUUUUUACUCGGUUUAACUGUUGGAUCUGUGUAGUUCAUUGAAAAAAACAUGAGUGAUCUCAGCUGUCCUCUCUGAAGAAGACAGUUACAACAAUAAAGUAAAGGUUUGUGCCUUUCAAGUGCCCUGUAUUCCAGCAGCACGUGGUUGACUCCAGCUUUGACUUCAAGCAGCCUCAUUUGAUCUCCUCUACCUGAAAGUGCAGUUGCUUUUUUGUCCAUGGUUGCUUUUGUUUAACACAGUUUUCAUCAUUUUCUGUCUUUUAGCCUCACAUAUUGAUGAAGUUUGAUGACUAUCAGAUGAGACAUAUGUUCUGUGCAUCUCUAUGUGAAAUCCAAAAGACACCUGUUGCUCACUUCCACCAGCAAACACAGAAAUCCCGACACAUCACUGCAACUUCUGAGCUUCGAAUUCCCCUGACUGGGAUGUACAAGUCCUGAAUAUUGGCAUUACCAUCUCCAGUGGGAGACUGGCUGGUGGAGGGAAUUAUAAUGAGUGUUAUCAAAAUGUUUCCGGUGAAAGUGAAAAUUAGAAGCUGCGUGUCCUGUCUAGGUGUGUGUUGCUAAGAUACAGCAUUCUCUUUUGUUCGGCCGUCUCUACCUGCUGUCUCGCUACCAUUCAUGUCUCAGCGAUGCAGGGUUACCUUAACCGGAACCAGGACGAGGGAUAAAAGCUAGGAUUGAGGGUCUUUGAGCUCUUUGUUUUCAGAAUUUGUUCACAAAAGAGGGAACGGGAAGCCGCAGUGAUGGACAGCUGCAAUCAUUAGCAUGUGUUUCCUCUCAGAAAUGUCAAAAGUUUCUCCUUAAUUGCCGGGCAGGGAUGGCCUCAGAGGGAGGCAGCGUUCAGAAACAGGAGACGAAUCAAAGGGUCUCGGUCGCCAGCUAUAUCUGGAGCUGCAGACGUUC